AUUCCUCGCCGUGUUGGUGCUCGUCAAUGGUACAAUAUUACCGUCAAACAUGUUGCUGGACCUAGGCAGGCGUACGAACAUCUCAAUGGAGAAAUACAGUCAAGCGGAACAAGCGAUCCUGAACUCGCGGACGCAUUUGAAUCACGGUUCUCCCUCGUGGUUCCUCGGUGCGUCACACGAGAUGACCGAGCACGCUCAAAAUUUGUCGAGGAAGGCUCUGCGGAUAGAAACGAUGGCCGUGAUGUUGGUGGAGGCGUUGAACAUGUCGUCGAAGGAAGCGUCCUCGGUGUUACCCUCGGUAGCUGCUAUCAGCUGUCCGGACUCGCCUACAUUUUUACAAGUGAUGAACAGCUGCAAGAACCUGAGUCCCCGCUACAGAACGCACACCGGGAAAUGCAAUAACGGCUUGCAUCCGACCUGGGGUGCAGCUAUGGAGGCUUACGUACGAUUCCUACCGUCCGACUACGUGGAUGGUGUCUCUCUGCCGCGUACAGAUUUACCAAGCGCCAGGCAAGUCUCGUUGAGAGUGCAUUCCGGCGGAUCGGAUGUUAAGCAUCCUUACUUAAUGGCGCUCACCGCGCUAUUCGGCCAAUUCCUCGUCCACGAUCUCGCGCACACGCCAAAGAUGGAACUACCCGACGGAGGGAAAUUAAAAUGCUGCGACGUCGACUACGAACACUUUCAUCCGGAAUGUUUCCCAAUCCGAGCUGACAACCCCGUCGGUUGCAUGGAAUAUUCUAGGUCGGCGCCGCAUCCUGGAAAUUCGCUGCAGGGAUGCAAAUUGGGUCCUCGGCAGCAGAUCAACCAAGCGUCCUCGUACUUGGACCUCUCUCCUGUUUAUGGGAGUUCGGAAGACGUAGCGAGAGCUCUGCGAUCCGGCAACGGCGGUUUACUUAAUACGCAGAGGAAGAACUUGCCCAUGCCUUCGCCCAACUACGAAAGUUGCAGAAGCGCGAACAGAGCUUUCCCGUGUUUUCUUAGCGGAGAUUCGCGGGUAAACGAGAACCCCGGUCUCACUCUAAUGCACGUACUUUUUCUACGUGAACAUAACCGAGUCGCCACAGUGCUGGGGCAACUGAAUCCUCACUGGAACGACGAGAGACUCUACCAAGAAGCAAGAAGGAUCGUUAUCGCGGAAAUGGAGCAUAUAACUUACAACGAGUUUCUACCCGUUGUUCUUGGAGAAACAACUCUCGACAGGUACCAGUUACGCUUAACGCAUCGGGGAUACUUUCGAGGCUACGAUCCUCGAACGGAUGCGACACUUUCGAACGCUGCCGCGUCUGCUGGACUCUUCUUCAUUGCCACGCUGACCCCAAAAACCCUCGACCUAGUUGACUCGCGAUCGGCGUUAAAGUCUGGAGAAAGGUUCUUACUAUCGGCCUUCUAUGCCCCGCAAGAGUUUUAUGAAGCCGGUGCUAUUGAUCGUCUGAUCGUCGGCGCUACAGCGGGACAUUCUAGGAAGCCAUUGCCGCCGGGAUUGAAUGAAAUCCUUUUGGAACGAUAUUUCCAUGAUGGGAAAAGCAACGAUAUUGCCGUGGAUUACGCUGCACAAAUCAUACAGCAAGGAAGGGAUCAUGGUUUACCACCUUAUGUCAAAUGGCGAUCAUUUUGCAAUUUAUCGUACGUCAGCAGUUUUGAAGACUUUAGAGGAGCAAUGUCCAAAGAUACUAUAGAAAAACUUCGAAAAGUUUAUAAAAACGUGGGAGAUAUAGAUUUAGUAACAGGACUACUCUCUGAAGCACCCCUACCCGACUCAGUCUUAGGACCAACAUUCCUUUGUUUAUUGGGCCGCACUUUUCGGAAUAUUCGUAUUGGUGAUAGAUAUUGGUAUGAGAAUAUGAACACUCCAGGAUCGUUUACUUUAAAUCAAUUAGAAGAAAUCCGAAAAAUCACAAUGACACAAAUAUUGUGCUACAAUGGUGAGAGAUUGCAUUGGGUGCAACCUAAAGCAUUUCUUCUAAAAGAUCGUUUUUUGUAAGUUUAUUGUUAAUAUAUAAUUAUUUUUCUCGGGCGAAAGAAAUAAUGAAUAAUUUAUAUUUUUAGAAACGAAGUGAUAAACUGUACAAUACACACAAGCGGAUCACCAAAUCUUUCAUUUUGGAAAGAAAGGAGCGAUUCA